AAAAAAAAAAAAAAAAAAAAAAGACUUGCGCUUAAUAGCAAGUGCACGGCCGAUGCCCUGCAUACCUACCGGUAUGAGGCUAGUGAUCCUCUGCCCUGGCUAAUAAACGGUCGGUAGACCCUGCUAAGACUGCAUGCGUAUCUAUGUACCGAUCGUUGAUUGGAAUUACUUGCGAUAUGCAACACCAAGGUUUUCUUUUCUGAAACAACACGUACAAUCAAUCAGAUCAAAUUAUAUUUGUUGCUUAUUUUUUUUUUCUAUGGUUGAUCUACACCGCAUGGACUGGGCAUACGUUAUUUUUCUCGAAACAAAGAUACACGCAAGCACUACGUGUGUGUGGUAUGACGUUCGAAGACCAUGCAUGACUCUCUUUUGUUUUUGUUUAUUUUAUUUUUUUUCGUUUUUCGUUUUUCUUGAAUGC